AUUCAAUCGGGUACAAGAUGUUUUUAAAAAGAUUUUUCUCAAGGAAGCCUCUGAAUCUGAUAAACCCACCAAUGUUCCAAAGUGCUAAUUUUAGCUCCAAGGCCUUCAUCACUCAGAGGGCUCCUCAUUUCGAAGGAACUGCUUGGCAUAGAGACGAUUUUAAGGAGAUUUCCUUGAAAGAUUAUUUUGGAAAAUAUCUUGUCUUGUUCUUCUACCCCUUUGAUUUCAGCUUUGUGUGUCCAACUGAGAUUUUGGAUUACUCUAGCAUCGCAAAAGACCUUAGGAAGUCUAACUGAGAGGUAGUUGGAUGCUCAGUUGAUUCUCAUUUCACUCAUAGACAAUGGGACAUCACUCCUCGGGAAGAAGGGGGACUUGGUGGUCUUGAUAUCCCACUCUUAUCUGAUCAGAGUCACAAAAUUUCUAAAGAUUAUGGUGUCCUCCUCCCUGGAGGAAUGGCUCUCAGAGGAACCUUCAUCAUUGAUGAUAAGGGAAUUUUAAGACACUCUACUAUAAAUGAUCUCGCAGUUGGAAGAAACAUCGCUGAGACAAAGAGACUUGUUGAAGAAUUUCAAUAUACUGACAAAUAAGGAGAAGUCUUCCUAGUUUCGCGGAAAACAAGCGAUAAGGCAAUGGAUUCCUGUGUUACUUUAAAAGUAACCAAGAUUGGCUGGAAGGAAUCUCGUGCUAAAAGUAAUUUCCUUUAUGAAUUCUUCAAAAUGU